UUGGUCCACGGUGUUUUCUCGAGUCGACAGUCGGUGCAGCGUCUACCGGGAGAUUUUAGAGAACUUCACGCUUCCAUCUGCUGACAAGCUUUAUGGAGAUACUGAUUUCCUUUUCCAGCAGGACUCGGCACCUGCCCACAGUGACAAAACUACUAGUAACUGGUUUGCUGAGCAUGGUAUUACUGUGCUUGAUUGACCAGCUAACUCACCUGACCUGAACCCCAUAGAGAAUCUAUGAGAGACACCAGACGCAACAAUACAGACGAGCUGAAGGCCGCUAUCAAAGCAACCUGGGCUUCCAGAACACCUCAGCAGUGCCACAGGCUGAUUGCCUCCAAGCCACGCCACACUGAUGCAGUAAUUCAUGCAAAAGGAGCCGCAACCAAGUACUGAGUGUAUAAAUGAACAUACUUUUCAGAGGGUCGACAUUUCUGUAUUAUAAAUUCUUUACUCUAAUAUUUUGAGAUACUGGAUGUUUGAUUUCCAUGAGCUGUAAGCCGUAAUCAAGAGUAAAACAAAAAAAAAAAGCUUGAAAUAUUUCACUUAGUGUAAUGAAUCUAGAAUGAUAUGAAAGUUCCACUUUUUGAAUUACAUUAUGGAAAAAAAACUGGAUCACGAUCUGAAUUUUUUUUUACCUGUACCUGUAUAUUGAAAAUAGAAAAAAGGUAUUAAAGGCUGUGUAUUUAAAAAAAAAACCUAAAAAACUACUGUCAUCCUGCAGUCUAAAUCAUUCAUGCUGUCAGGUCCAGUGGCUGGGAAUAAAAAUGAACGAAUACGUAUUGAAGUUACAGAUCUUCUAUUGCACAUCUGUAAGCCACAUGUGCCAAUAAAAUGCCAGCAGCUUAAUGGCAUACGGAUAAAUGAGAUUAAUUAGUGAAAGAAUUUUCGCUGUGUCAUUUUAAAAUUCUCUUCUGAAUGAGCUGUUCUUCAUUUCUAAAUCCAAGGAGUUUCCUUCAUGUGUGAGGUGAGCCUUUAAGAAGUCACUUUUUUUGUGAUUAUUCCCGAUUGUUAAAACCUUGCCAUUUUACAUUAAACAUCAAUGUAGCCCAUUAACCCUCAACUGCACAGCUGUCUUUGGGGCAUAUAGUCUACUUUAUUCCAGAGUUGCUUUGGAUAAAAGUGUCUUCCGAAUAAGUUCAUGUAAAUAAAAAUACACUACAUACAAAACGAGGUCUUUCCGAAAUGCUUUGUAUGCCGAUCUGCUGUCCCUGGAUUUUCGCUCCUCUGAGACUCUUUUACUGUACCCUUUUCUUGACUUGAAUCCUCCCAUCAUAAUGGUUGAUUUUUAUUGUCUCAUCUUUCCAUAAUCUGUGGUUAAGAACAACAGACAUUUAACAAAACUUUGAGUUCAUGCAUACUGGCCAGAGAUACAGAGGCUUGGUGUUCCAGUCUACAUUAACAUAGUGUACAAGAGACAUCAAAUAUCUCAUUUGAAAAACCUGUCUUCCUUUGCUCCUGUUUUGGAAAAUGUUUGAGUAGAAACCUUUCAGCUGAUCCAUAUCGCAUUAGACAUCUGGAUUGAUAUUUGCCUUGGCUGAAUCAGUCCCUCCAGGAAUUCGCAGAAGUUAAUACAAAAUCACGCAAACUUGGAGGAGCUUUCAAUUUUUCAGAAUUUCUGCAGAUUUGGGCCAAGACCUGUCAUGUGACAUCACAACACGCUUUCAGCCAAAGCCCUGUUCGAUUCACAUGCGUCGAACAUGAGUACAGAUAAAAAAAAAAACGUCUCAAUUACCAACAAACGUCACUGCGAAAUUGUGUGCAAUUUCACCAAUUCAAGUAGUUUUCCACAAAAAAAAAAAAAAAAAAAAAAAAUCCUCACAAGCUGCAUCACAGAUUUUGAAAAAAGCCGCAGAAAUAUCAAGUAUUUUUGGCUGCAACAAUCACAAAAAAACACCGAAGUCCUGUAUGGACUGGCUCGAAUGUACAGUAUGUGCAUAACGCCACAUGUCAAGUGUAUGCAUCUACUGAAUAUCGCUCAUUUGCAGAAGUGAGAACAUUAGAGGUUGGGAAACAGUAGCUUGUUUUAGUCUCGUACCUGUGGCAUGUAUGCAUUGCAUCUACAUAUUAUUGUGUGUAUGUGUUGGCCCUGGUUGUUUGCCCCGUUCCUGUUUGCCCUCUGUCGAGGCGCCUGGUGUGUGUGAGGAAUGUAGCAGGCUGCUGUUAGAGACAGCUCAUUUCUGCUCAGAUGUCUCUGAGCGCUGAUUCAGUCAGAGUCAGUGUUGAUUUCGCUUCAUUCAGAUAGCGUUAGAGAGACAAACCUACUUUGGGAAUUAUGGGCUCUAAUUGCUCGCUUGGGAUAUUCAUUUGGACAUCCUGGUGACCAGAUAGAAUCUGAUUUCGUUGUAUUUUUUUCUGUCAGGUGGAAAGAUAUUCUAACUCCAGUGGCACUGAGGUAGACAGGAUUGUCUGAUGGAUAUGACCGUGGUCUGGAACUCAGGUUUGACCACUUUCUGGGUUGCACUCAGUUGCCUCUCAUACCUGAGACUGGCAUUGCCGCUCAAUGCAGAGCGCAAAAACUACCCAAAACCGCCUGCCAUGGUGAAAGACCCUCCACACAUCAUCUUUGUGAUGGUGGACGAUCAGGGCUACAGUGAUGUGGGCUACCAUGGCUCGGACAUCCACACGCCAGUACUGGACCAGCUGGCUGCUGAAGGGGUGAAACUGGAGAACUACUACGUCCAGCCAAUCUGCUCACCCUCUCGUAGCCAGCUCAUGACCGGACGGUAUCAAAUUCACACGGGCCUUCAGCACUCCAUCAUCCGCUCUCGCCAGCCCCUGUGUCUGCCGCUCGACAUGCCCACGCUUCCCGAAAGGCUACGUCAGGCCGGCUACAGCACCCACAUGGUGGGAAAGUGGCACCUAGGCUUCUGCCGGCGAGAGUGUCUGCCCACUAGCCGAGGCUUUCAGAGCUUUCUGGGUUCGCUGACUGGUAGCGGAGACCAUUUUAACUUCCAGAGCUGUGACGGAGCAGAGACCUGUGGAUUUGACCUGCACGAUGGUGAACGGCCGGCCUGGGAGUUGAGGGGGAACUAUUCCACGUGGCUGUAUGCACAGAGGGUGAAAACCAUCUUGCGGACUCAUGACCGGCGGAAGCCUCUGUUCCUGUACGUGGCACUCCAGGCUGCUCACACUCCUUUACAGGCUCCUGCUCAUCUCCUCCAGCGUUAUGCUUCUCUUGGGAAUCAGGCACGGCGCCAUUAUGCCGCCAUGCUGAGUGGUGUGGACGAGGCUGUGGGCGAGAUAGUGGCGGAGAUGCGUAUUCAAGGCUACUAUCGCAACUCCGUUCUCAUCUACUCUUCAGAUAAUGGAGGCCAGCCUCUGUCGGGCGGCUGCAAUUGGCCCCUGCGGGGAGGGAAAGGCUCGUACUGGGAGGGAGGAGUGCGAGCAGUGGGCUUCGUUCAUAGCCCUCUGCUGAAGAUGAAGAGGAAAAUCAGUCGUGCUUUAAUACAUGUCUCGGAUUGGUACCCGACCUUGCUGUAUCUGGCAGGAUCUCCUGAACCAGACCCUCGGUGCUUAGAUGGGUGUAAUGUUUGGGAGACCAUCAGUCAGGGUCUACCUUGCCCACGUACUGAAAUCCUGUAUAACAUCGACCCUGUUUCGCGGCAGCAUGGAGAGCACGAUCGCAGGCUGUUGAUGGUGAACGGCUUUGGGAUCUGGGACACAGGAGUGCGUGCAGCAAUCCGAGUGGGUGACUGGAAGCUCCUGACAGGGAACGUGGGAGAUGGAGACUGGUUCCCCCUACAGGUCCUGCCUAGGGCUCCACAGCAGUGGCAGGACAUGGAGAAGAGACGGGACCAGCGUGGGAAAUCUGUGUGGCUCUUCAACAUCAGCGCCGACCCUUUUGAGAGGCACGAUCUGACACAAGCAAGGCCUGAAGUGGUGAAGCUUCUGCUCUCAAGGAUUGCUGAGUAUAACCACACCGCUGUGCCUCCAAGAAACCCACCAGAUGAUCCAAUGGCUGACCCCCAGCUCCGUGGAGGAGUGUGGAUGCCGUGGCUGGCAAAGAAAGAAGGAGAUGGUGCGGACAGAAGAGAAGCGACAGAAAGACGCAACUGGAAGCUUAGAUUCAAAACGUGCAAAGUGUGCAAACUGAGAGCUCUGUUUAGAAAGGCGGGCACACGCAUACAAAGAACAGCUCUGUACUUUUAGGCAAAAAUGGAUAGAUGGAGGGAAAUGGAGGCAAAAAUCUUCCAAGGCUCUCGCUUGGCCACUGUUUUUUCCAGUCACUGAUGAAGGGCUGUGUGUGUGUGUGUGUGUGCGCCUAACUCACGGGGAUGUGUAAGAGUUUCUUCAUGGCUUGAUGGCUCAUCCUCCUGCUGCCUGAAGUACACAGUCAGACCUAAGAUUAGAAAACCUGAAGGGUGCAUAUUUUUUAAAUGCUAGACCUUAGCAAGCUAGGAAGAUGUUUAUUUAUCUCUUUCUUUCGCGGUGAUGUGACCGACAUAACCACCUUGGCUUUGCUUCAUUUUGUGAGUGGUUUGCACAGUUAAAGCCUGCACAAGCGAUCCUGCCUUGAGCUGAGAUUUGGGUUGAAUCCCAUGUUAAACCUCUCAAGUCAAGCACAAGCGUCUCAUCACGCACAGCUGACACAUGGAGAAAUCGACGGCAGACUCCUGGAGGCGCCGUCAUUAUUUUUCAUUUCUGAAAAGCAUUUUUGCAAUUAAAGUCCUGCUUUUUUAAUUAGAAUAGACUGCUCGCUUAGUAGAAGCAUUUCCACAGGGAAUAAAAGCAGUUAGUGGAACGCUUGGAUAAAGAAAGUCCAAAAAACAUCAGAAGUCUUUUCCUAAAGUUUUUCUCUCCCACACUUUACAUGCCUCGGCACUCAGCACUCCUCCUCACGCCUCUCUAAUUCACCCUCCUUUUCUUUUGCUGUCUCUGACUGUAGGCUGAUAAAGCCUACCUUAGCUGGAAUAAUGCAGAGCCUAUUGACUUUUUCUCCACUAUCAUCACCUUUUUCUUUUGGUUAUGUGAGUAGAUCAGGUCAGAGAAUGAGAUAUGAGCUGUGCUCUGUUACACAACAAUGAGAGAAGAGGAGGAGGAUGGCGAAGAUCUCCCUGGAGAAAGGAUGCUGUAUGGCUACAUAUGAAACAAUUGUGGAGCUUGUACUUAUCUCUAAAUCUAAAUCAUGAGCCAUGUUUAUACCGUUUGUGUAUAUCCAUUUCAUGCUGAAUUCAGGCAUCGCAUUUUAUAAAGCAAAACAUUGGUAGAUUUUAUGCAUCUGUUUCUAGGAAUAUUUCAUUUCUAGGAACACGAAUUCCUCAAAGCAUAAAUGUAGUUACGUAAUGACGUAACUGGAAAUAUUCAGUAUUUGAAGCGGGGCUUUUUUUUGCUACAUGUUGUGACAUGGCGGAUAAAGAGUGUUCGCGUUAGUAAUCGGAAGCUUCUGAUUGAGUCCUGUGUGGUGAUGAAGUGAUCCUGCAGGGAGAAGACUAGAUCAUGGUGCUGUAAACUGUGCACAUGGCCAGUCUCCAGGCUGUCACCUUCUCUGACCUCAUCACGAGUCCGUUAUUAGAUCUGAUCAGUCCUGGAGCAAUGAUAUAGAACUUUCCCUUCAGACUUUUCCCUGGCAUUUUCUUCUCUGGACUGGAAUUAUGAUCCCAAAAUUAACCGAAAAUUCUAAAUACAUGGGAUGGAGAGAUUUUUAAAAACUAUAUAAUAAUAAUAAUAAUAAUAAUACUUGACACUCAAUAAUCAUUCAUUCAAUCCACCAGCUUUUAUUUUAAUUUGGCAAAAAUAAAUAAAUAAAUAAACAUUAUAACGUAUAUGUAUAUGCUUGUAUAAAGUAAACAUUAUAUACAAUAAUAGACAUUUCCGCUCAAACGGUGAGGACGAACACAAUGUCUUUGUUCCAAAAAAAAAACAGUUGUUCUCAUUAAAAUUAUUUAUUUGAAGUAAUUUUCUCAACAAAAAAAAAUGUCUAUUAUUGCCACUAGUAAGAAAUAUUUUAAUGUUUACAAAUUGUAACUUUAAAAAAUCCAUUUGUUCUCAGUCCCCAGGAACUCUGAUGUUGUCAGGAACCAUGUCCUCUUUCCUUGGGGUUUCCAUGCAUGUAAUAUCCAAUGUCAUCUAUUACAAAAAAAACCCACAAAGACUUUUCACCACAGAUGACAGAUGGUUGUUGCCCUGAACAAAUCUGGUAACUGCUUAUUCUCGAGUCCUAAUGGAACUCUUGUUUUUGUUCAUAUACAGUGCUAGUAUUAACUGUAAAACAUAAACACGAAACGGGAAUUUAGUCGACUCUUCUUGUUGUCAAGUUCAAAAAUUUGGAUACGAAAAAUUGGAAGCGUUGCGAGAUAGCCCUUCCUUAAAGCAUUUCAUAAAAUGCAGCACUUUGUGAAGGAUAGUUCACCUCAAAACCUGGUUACCUCCACCAGGAGGUUCACACUGGAUGAGCCAAAUAUACUUCCAGAUGAACACAGAAAUGGUUAAAAAAAAAUAAAUAAAUUCAUCUGCAAUGAUCAUCUCAGUCUGUGAAUUUGACCCUUACGGAAGAUCUGUGGUUGACGAAGGAACUCUACACACCCAAAACUAAGAAUGCAAAGGACCUUUUAAAAUGUUCUACAUGGAGGAAGCUCAUCGAGUCUGAUUUGUGUGGGUUUUUUUUUUGUAAGUGUCUUGUAAUUGUAUUACUAUUCUUCUUCCCUGAAAGCCACUGCUAAUGUUAUGAGAACAGCAUUUGCUCCACCCUGCAUCAUGAAUGAGUUUCAUCACUCGAAUCGCAGAAACUUCCUACAUCAUCCAACUUCUCGCCUCCUGUCCUCGCCUUCUCCUCCAUCUCUGCUUUGCUCUCCUUCUAUCUGCACCUUCCACAACACAAUCCAAUUCAAUCCAAUCGACUGCACAGUUCAUCCGUCCGUUUGCUACCGCGAUCAUAUCAAGCGUAUUCUCCAGUCAACUUAUUAAAUAACUCAAACUGAUUGAGCACGGGUCGAUUGUAAGCAGGAAAUAAAGCUGGGUAAUGAGAUGUUUCUUGUAAAACGUGUUGGAUAGCACCGCUACAGGUCAGUCCUCAGAGACGGAGCAUACUGAAUUUCCAACAGCAUGAAUCAUCCUGGAAUGCUUGUAGGAUUUGGCACUUAUCCUGACUAGCCACUCCUAAUGCAUUACUCUAACAGCAUUACGAGCACAAUGAGAACUUAAAAAGCAGCUGUGGAGAGUGGUGUCUGCUUCACCAGGAAACAAUACAACACAAACAAUAUGAUACGGUAAACAGCCAAACAAAAACAUGUUUUUAUGCAACCAUAACGACCAGCUAAAAACAUUCUA